CCUCCAUGGCCGCCGCUCUCUCCGGCUGCAUUGUGGGAAGCUGACCUCACUCGCUGCUGCCGCCGCCCCGCCGGCUCCGCCGCUCGCCGCCAUGGGGGCCGUGACCGACGAUGAAGUUAUCCGCAAACGGCUUCUCAUUGAUGGAGACGGAGCUGGGGACGACAGGCGGAUCAAUCUGCUGGUGAAGAGUUUCAUCAAGUGGUGUAACUCUGGAUCUCAGGAGGAAGGUUACAGUCAGUACCAACGAAUGCUGAGUACUUUAUCGCAGUGUGAAUUUUCAAUGGGAAAAACUCUUCUGGUGUAUGACAUGAACCUGAGAGAGAUGGAAAAUUAUGAAAAGAUCUACAAGGAUAUAGAAAAUAGUAUAGCUGCAGCACACGAGAAGAUUUCUGAAUGCAAGAAACAAAUCCUGCAAGCAAAAAGAAUUAGAAAGAAUCGCCAGGAAUACGAUGCAUUGGCCAAAGUCAUACAGCACCAUCCAGACAGACACGAAACACUGAAGCAGCUGGAAGCUCUGGGAAAAGAACUUCAACACCUUUCUCACAUUAAAGAAAAUGUUGAAGAUAAGUUGGAGCUGAGAAGAAAGCAGUUUCAUGUUCUCCUGAGCACCAUCCAUGAGCUUCAGCAAACACUGGAAAAUGACGAAAAACUUUCAGAAGCUGAAGAAUCUCAAGAAACUCAAAUGGAAGCAGAGACCAAACAGUAAAUAUUGUGAAGACUACUGAUGAUACACUUGAAGAAUACACGCACAAACAGUUCCAGAACUGUACAGAUGGAUCCUUUGUGUUAAUCCAUAAACUUUGACAAGAAGUACAUUUUGGCUUAUAAAAGGUGAAUCUUCUGUACAGUAACUGAACUAAGAUGUUUGCAAAUCACUGUCAAUAAAGAGUGUUUACAAACAGUUUUCUAUUAUUUGGUA